UGCACCCGCUCCAAACUCAUCUCUUACACAGUCCUGAUUCAUGAUCAUAAUAAUAAUCCUCACAGUUCAGUUGUGGGCAACCUAAUCGUUCACUGAAAAUGACUCUCACCUGUCCCCUAAAACAGCGGUUAAAGGUAUUUUUAAAAAAAAACUUUCAAACACACAUUGAAAAUGUGCAUGGAUCACGCGUCUCCUAAUGCAGCAAAUGCCUAUCUUACUGACUGUGUUACUGAGAUGUUCAAAAGGAAUUGCACAGGUAGGGAGUUGAGGGGUACAAUGUUGGGCUGGAAAAUGAUCGCUGUUUAGUGUCUGAAGGUGGAUGUGGAUUGUCUGAAUACCUACUCCCAUUCACACUUUUGAUAAUUCAAGGAUUAUAUUUAUAUCUUUCCUUAUAUCUCAAAUGCAAGGAUUACAUCUUCAAUGCACACAGUAACGUUAACAGUUUGGAUGUCACUCAAGGGGGUAUUGAGAGUUUUAGACAGCAAUUUAGAUUCAAUGUCGUUCUGUUCUCAGGUCCCAGAGCUGUGCUUGUGUGCAGCUGAGUGGAGCAGAUGUGUUCGUCUCUUAAAUUGUAAUAAAUGAUUCACUUUUAUAAUUCCAGCACAGUAACCACUGUAACCAUGCCGACGGUCGUCCUGUUAGACGUGUCUCUCUCCAUGACACGGCCCGUCUCCAUGGAAGGGUCUGAGGAGUACCAGCGUAAGCACCUCGCUGCCCACGGCUUGAGUAUGCUGUUCGAGCACAUGGCCACCAACUACAAACUGGAAUUCACAGCAUUGGUAGCUUUCUCUUCACUCUGGGAGCUUAUGGUUCCCUUCACCAGAGACUACAACACUCUGCAGGAGGCAUUGAGCACUGUAGAUGACUAUGACAAGACGUGCCUGGAAUCCGCUCUGGUGGGAAUCAGCAACAUUGUUCAGGAGGAGUGGGGCGUCUGCAUUCCCUGUCAGAUAAUCCUUGUCACUGACGGGAGUUUGGGAAUUGGCCGAGGAUCCCUGAGGCACUCGCUGGCCACUCUCAACCAUCGCGGGGAAGAGAACAAGUUUCCAUUACCUUUCCCGUUUCCUUCAAAGCUCUAUGUCAUGUGCAUUGCUAACUUGGAAGAGCUUCAGACCACAGACACAUUGGACAUCCUGGAACGCAUGAUAGACGUAAACAACGGUGAAGGACAGAUCUUUACCAUUGAUGGGCCUCUCUGCUUAAAAAAUGUACAGUCAAUGUUCGGCAAACUGAUUGACCAGGCAUACACACCAUUCCACGCUGUGUUGAAGUGCGGCCACCUGGUGUCUGACAUGCAGAUGUUUCCCAGGCCGGAACCUGUGACCAUAGAUGAGGAGCUGGAGCCGGUGCCAAAAUCCAUCAACACAGAGCUGGAUAUACUGGGAUUUAUAAAGAUCGCUGAUAUCUCCAGCCCCCCUGUGCUGUCCCGACACUUGGUUUUACCCAUAGCCUUCAAUAAAGAAGGCGAUGAUCUGGGAACUGGAAUCCCCGAAGAGACCGAGGACGAGAACUCUGCUUCUCAGAUUGCUGGCAAAAUGCCGUCCUUCUGUGUGCUGCUGCACGGCAGUCUGAAAGUGGAAGGGAUGGUCGCCAUAGUUCAGCUCGGCCCAGACUGGUACGGGAUGCUGUAUUCCCAGGCUGACAGUAAAAAGAAGUCCAACUUGAUGAUGUCCUUGUUCGAGCCGGGUCCAGAACCCCUUCCUUGGCUCGGGAGAAUAUCGCAGUUAGGGCCCAUUUUAGAUGCUGCCGAAAAUCCGUAUGGUGAAGAUGACAGCAAAAGCCCCUUUCCUCUGCAGCCCAGGACGAAACGCAGUUACGCACAGAAUGUGACCGUGUGGAUUAAACCCAGCGGACUCCAGACGGACGUUCAAAAGAUUUUAAGAAAUGCUCGGAAACUUCCUGAGAAGACACAGACAUUCUACAAGGAACUGAAUCGCUUGAGAAAGGCAGCCUUGGCGUUCGGAUUUCUAGACCUGCUGAAGGGAGUAGCGGACAUGCUGGACCGAGAGUGCACACUCCUGCCUGAGACAGCCCACCCUGACGCUGCGUUUCAGCUUUCUCACGCCGCACAACAGCUGAAAUUGGCCAGCACCGGGAACUCCGAGUAUGCUGCUUAUGAGCACAACAUCACACCCCUGCAAACAGACUUCUCAGGGAGCAGCGCUGACAGAAUCUGAUUGGGACGCAGACUGAAUUUGGUUCGCUUCUGAGAACCCUAUUUGUUUUUAAAAAAUCUAGUGAACAGUGCUGUGCACAGUGAACACACAUUAGAUGCCUCAAGGUUGCAUCAGGGUCUACUCGAGAUCUUUAGUGCUCCACACACAAGCCUUUUUACAGUAACUUAAAAAGCAAAAGUCUUGCGUUUUAGCUAAAGUAUCGACAGAAAUUUGUUUCCAGUUUGUUUUCGCCUUUGCGUUGCAAACUCCAGUUGAAAGCUGACAAUUCAGUGGGGUCAGAAUACAGAAGUUAUUUUAUUAUCUCCGUACUACCUCUUGUACGUAUAAAGUACACACCAGCAAAAACAAGAGAAUGUUAGUUUGUUUGAUACUGUAUUUCAUAGUCUCUGCUGUGUAUGGCUACAGUUGUCAGCGGGAUGCUUGGGCAAUGGGGAGAAUGAACCAGGCUUCCUAUUCUUGCUUACUGUAAAGUACAUGUUGGAUGUUGGGUAAGAUUAGGAUCAGGUGUCGCUACGAUGGUCAGUUAAACUGCCGGCACCGACUGCCUCAGCUCACUUAUAGAUAACAACCACUGAAAACUGGGGACUUCCAUGCACGUGAUACAAAUUAAAUAAGUUUAUGUCAACUUAAUUCAGUCCCUCACCCAUUUCAAUUCGUAAACUGAUUUGUCUGCAUUUUAAAUUGAAUCUUAACUCACUCGACAAACAACAAAACAAAUUGCACUUUUUUUCCAAAAAAAAGUGCAAAAACAGGAUGACUAACAGCAAAGGUUUUCUCAUUAAAAUGUCUUCAAAUAAUCUGAGAAAACUUGCACAAUGGAAGGAAACCUAGGCUGGAGACUGAAAGAGGCCGAGGGAUGUGAAUGAGAUGGGCCAGGCAGUGAAAAUGUGCAGCAAGAUAUUCACGGGUUAAAGAAUGACAUUACAAUCAGAAAAGUAAAAUUUAACAGUGUCUGAACCACAAGAUGUGUGGCCCCCCCUCCUGCCCCUGUGAAAAGCAACAGGGUCCAAACUUCAUGGGAUUUGAAGUGAACUGAACUAGUGUUGAAUCACUUGAUCGAGCCUGCAAUAAUAACAUCAGGAUUUGCUUCACUGUGUGCAACAUGGGAACAGGACCUGCGAUGAUAUCAGAAAUUCUCAAAAUUUGUUUGCUUACAGAGUGUUAUCUUUAUCGAAAAGUCAUGCCUUCACUCAGGUCAAACUACAUUACCCUUGAUUGUCAUCUGACCUCUUCCUGCCAAAGCAAUGUGUUAAAAAUGUUUAUCUUCUGCUGCAAAAUUGACAACUGGUGAAAGACGUGAGCCAAUGGUCUGCCCACGUCACGGCUCGCUUGUUAAUUGCAACACUGAUUGUGCUGUUAUACAGAGCACGGAGGCCUGAGGUUUAAAUGCCUCGGCUUGGCUGACUUUACAGAUUUCUGGAGGCUGGUAAUGGGGGUAGGGGUAGCACAAUAGGCCUUGGAGUACUGGGCAAGGGAAUAAUUAACUGGGAUUCCUGCUCAACACAAUCCAGAGACACCUGCUGGAAAGUGCAAAUGGUUUGUGGGUUCUGGAUUAGGACAGAAUCAGACUUCAUGAUCAAACAGGCAAACGCUCACACGUGAAAAAUCACUUGGGUGCAGGUACUGAUAGUUGUGAAAUGUCUCUACCAUCAAAGUCAGGAUAAAGGGAGAAAAUUGUGGCAGGUGGGCAGGGUAGUGAAGGAAUAGCUUUGUCACAAAGUAGUCAAUAUUCAUUUUUAAAACUCUUUCCUAGUCCUUAUUUUAAGAUUUCACAUUAGAUAUCUACUGGAUGUUUAAUUUUUUUAUGAUGUAAUAAAUUACACCUUUGUUUUUUUUGACUUAC